AUGGCCGACUCAACACCGAAUAAUAUGACCGCGCCUUCUAGGUUUCCCGAUCUCGGUAUAUUUUCUGAAAAGUUCGAAAUUACAAGCGUCAAGACUGACCCAGUCCGCUGGAAUAAGGACUGGGAAAAGGGGCUUCGCUCCUUGUCUGGUCAUGAUGUCUACGCCGGGUUCCGAGACAGGAUUCAGGAUUUUUUGGGAGAGAACGACUCUUCUGCUUUAUGCGAAGAGAUUACAAGACGGGCCCUGAAAUACCAGCAGGUGACGCGAGAGAUGUGGGAUGUCAUGAUGACGGAUUUUCGCACAGCGUGGGCAUUGGUGGAGGAAAAAGAGCGCAAGAAGCAUCUUAUGCAGGGUUUGCAAGCAGCUUGCGAAUUCGCCGUUCUUGGCGAGGACUCGCGUGCGCUGUGUCCAGAGAUCAGUGUCAGUUCGAUGUUGAAGGACCGUGGAAAAGGCUUUGUCGCCUUUAUCAGCAAUUUCCACGAGAACUUGAAGGAGGCAGAUUCGGAAGCUCUCUACACUCUUCCGAGUCAGUGGUGGGCGGGGGCCGUGGAUGCGUCAGAUCUCACAGAAAAUACGCACAUAUCUCAGCUUCUCACAGCCGAAAGGAAUGAGUUUUUGGGGCUAUCCGUCAUGGGUGACUUCGCCCACGGCAGCCCUGGAAUGGACCCAGUCACCAAGAUGAUGACGGCUGAACCCGGUCUUGCAAGGGUAUGGGGGGAAACAAUGUCAUCAGCCCCCUCCAAACCUGUCAUUCGUUGCGAAAAUUGUGGCAAAAGUCCCGAUAUGUUUGAAGGCGACAAAAAAUUCAUGCUGUGCAGUGCCUGUAAAGCGAAGCUCAAUUUUACGGUGCACUACUGCUCCCAGCUGAAGGGUACAAUCAACGAUCCAUUCUGGCAGUAUCCCAGUGUACCGGAUCAUCUUCGUUCCCUACCUAUCAACGAUUCCGGUUCUGUCUCGAUUAGCGCUAUGGGGUUUGCAACCCCAGACCCCUCCCAUCCGCGGUCUCCGGCUCUGCAAAGGCAGAUCUCGCUUCUCAGCGGCGAUGUUGAAGCCGAUUACUUCCUCUUCGAUGAAGUUCAACGUCCCAUCCGGGUGGAGGUCCCUUCCCCGUUUUUGAAGCUUACCUUCCGCACCAUGCGUGGGGAUGCUAUGUCCGCUCGCUCACAAAAAGGGGUCGAAGUUAUUGCUGAAUAUCUUCUCAACCGCAUGGGGGAUCAUCCGGGAUUGAGCCGAGAGCGGAUCCUACAGCAAUUUGGCGAAGAGUAUGGCGAGGAUGUGAUUGAAUUAGUCUUGGAAUUUGAGAAGUUGGCGGAAAAGAAUGGUUUACCACCUGGUACAACUUUUUUGGAUAACAUGGGCAAGAAACUGAGUGCCUCCUUGCCCGUGGUGAACAAACGCCCAUGA